CGGCGCCAACGGUACAUAUAUACAAGCCACACGACUCCUCCCGAUUCUACAUAUUGAAUCCUUCGACAUUCAAGCUUGGUGUGAUUAUCGGGUUAUAGUAUUUGAUUUCUAUCAAUUCCGUCGAUUUCUCUUACCAUCUUUCCAUCCCUCUGGACCUAAACCAAACCAUCAUUAUGGCUGACGAAUACGAUGAAUACGCCGAAUACGACCCGGAUUUAAUACUAACUCCCGAAUUCCAACUCCUCCAAAACCUCGUCAAGAACCCUAAUGCCUCACCCGAGGAAGCGGUUCAACAAGUUGUGGAACUUACAAAAGCAGAAGCCUUAUCUGGUAAAUGGCCCAAAAAUACAAUUGGCGGAGAUUUCGCCUGGAACAUUAGCCACCUUGCUCUCGAUAUCGCAACAAAUACCAAGCCUGAGAACCAGCUUAAUCUCCUCAACUUCAUGAGGAAGCUUCAGAAGGUUGCAGUCAUGGAUCCAAGGACGGGAGAGCAGCUGAUCUAUGAUCAUGAGAAGCUGUGGACGGAACUUCCAUGUGUUGGUUACUAUUCUUCUGACUUGCAAGAUUUCUGGCAUUACACCCAACAUACGCCCGAGGAAAUAGAAAAGUGGGAGAAUAGGAGCAUCUUCUUUGCAAGGGCUACUGCUACAUCCGAGCCCUUUGAUGAUAAGUCUGACAGUUUCGACCCAUUGGACUUUUCUCUCCUUGCAUACUCUGAAUUGAAUGGAGCCUUUGAGUCUGAGGAUGUUUAUGAAACGGCUGUGCGGACAGUCUGCAUAUGGUAUAUACAUGCGGCUGAGAAGCUGCGGUAUAAUUGCAAGAUGGGGAGGGAUCAUACCGAUGAGAAUACCCCUGACAGGAAAUUUGAUAUGAACAAAUGGGAGUUUUGGAAACGGGAGUUGAUCGCUGCAAGUGGUGUUUAUAAGGAGGGUGGGACGCGGGUGUUGAUUAAAGAGGCGAUGGAGUGUAUCAAUCGUGUGGAUAGCUCAAAUUGAAUGUUCUAUUGUGAAGCAUCCGGUUGUAUUUACUGCAUUAAGCCAUUAACCACUACUCAGGGUGGUUGCAUUUACGCCCAAUGCUGAUCUUUCCUCAUCAUCUUAGAUGGGCGUAAAAGCCAUCCAGCACAACACAUCAUUCAUCAAUAUGUACAAUUCAAGCUUGACCAAGAAAAAUGGCGC